AUGUACAUAAAACAGAUAAAACUUAAAGGGUUUCGGACUUACAAAAAUGAAACGACCAUUGAUUUUACCAAGGGGAUAAAUUGCAUAGUUGGGUUUAAUGGGUCCGGGAAGAGUAACAUCCUGCUAGCCAUCGAGUUCAUACUGAGUGAUAUGUGCGAAUACAAGCAGGUCUUUUUACACGAAGGAAUAGGAAAUGCAGUUCGGAGCUGUUACGUAGAAAUAAUUUUUGACAAUUCGGAAAAAUAUUUUAGCAUGUUUAAAGAAAAUGAAGUUAAAAUAAAAAAAGUUAUGGAAAAUAUGAAAUGUGAAAUCUACGUGAAUGAAAAAAAUAUCAGUAAAAACCAAUACGUAGAAUUACUAGAAAGUUGUGGAUUAUGCGUUAAUAAUCUGUACAACAUAAUUAAGCAAGGACAAAUAAUAAAAUUAAGUAACAUGAAAGAUGAAGAAAUUUUGAAUUAUUUAAAGAGUAUAUUGGGCGCGAAAAUAUUUGAAGAGAAAAAAAAAGACGCGUUAUCAAUGCUCAAAGAAUGUGAUGCCAAAAAAGGAACCAUCGAAAAGGAGUUUCAAGAAAUGAAUACAAAGUUGGAAAGUCUACAAGCAGAGUUUGAACAUUUUUUAGAAUAUAAAAAAUUGGAAAAAGAGAAAGUUCAUUUAGAAUAUCAUUUGAACGAAAUAAAUUACAAAAAUGUAUAUAAAGAAACACAAACGCUGAAAUCUAAGUUGCAAGAAUUGAAGAAUAAAACACAGGACGAAGACAACAACUUAAGCUUAACCAACAACACCAAGUCGGACUAUACGGAACAAUUGAACAAAAUGAAAUUAGAAAUUGUUUCUUACCAAAAUGAGCUCGAUAAAUCAGUGUCGGAAGAAAUACAGAACAAAAGAAAUAUCAUACAUCUCGAAAUUCUAAUUGAUGAAAAAAGAAAGGAGAAAAAAUUAAAGGAGUCCAAAAAUAAAAGUAAAAUUGAAAACCUCAACCAGAUUAACGAUUUCAUUUUGCGCGUUACUGAGAAACUGCAGAGCCUGAAGAGCGUUAUGAAUUUGAAGGAGAGGGAGAUAGAGGACAAGAAUAACGAGAUAAAUAUGUUGCUAUCGGCAAACCAGACAAAGAACGCCAAGGACGGGAAUUAUUCGCAUAAUGUAAAAAAAAUUGAGAAGAUGAUAGGCGACAUCAACACGGAGUUGUCCGUCCUGGAGAAGGAGGCAAUAAAAAACGAGAAAUACUUAAAAGAGCUGGAAGAGGAGUCCAAACAUUUAAAAAACAGUGUUAAGGAGAACAAGACAUUAUCGGAAAAGUGCGCCGAUGAAAUAAGCCAACUGAACAGUAAAUCGGAGAGCUGUGUCGAGCAGAAGAGGCAGUAUCAACAGAAAAUCUCGGAGGGAACAGCAAAUCUGAAUGUCGUAAAAAGCCAACUGAUUGAAGUGAAUGACAAAUACGAAGAAAUGAUAAAGAGCUCAAACAAAGAAAUUGUCAAGAUGGUGGAGCUGAUCUUGGAGGACUCCAGCAUACACAAGGAAAAUGUUUUGGGAUUCCUCAUUGAUAACAUAAACGUGGACAAAACGUACGUGAAGGCCGUGGACACCGUUCUGGAAAACCACUACUUCACGCUCAUCGUUGAAGACAUGAAAACGGCGAAAAAAAUAGUCGAAUUUAUAGAAAAAAAAAGGGAAGAAAAAAAAAAAAAGGAAUUCGAGUUUAAAGAUUUCUUCUUUGGGAAACUAACCAUCGUUCCAUUGUUGAACAUAAGAAAGUACAGCGAUUUCAUAUAUCCUAAUGACAAAAAUAUGGUUCCCUUAAUAAACUGUGUAAAUUACAACAGCAAGAUAUAUGAGUUUUUAAAGAGCAUCUUAUUUAAAACGGUUAUCGUGAAAUCUUUAGAGUGUUGUCAAAAUUAUCUGGAGGAUAACUACAACUGCGUAAACAUCGACGGGGAUUACCUGAGCAAGCAGGGUUUUAUGUACGGAGGGUACAACAAAAAGAAGUACGGUGUUUACACCAUAUACAAUAAGCUGAAAGAGUUAAAGGAAAAGGAGAAGAAGGAAAAGAGCGCCAUCGAAGAAAUGUCCAACAGUAUCGAUAAAAUAGACGAGGAGUUACGAAUCAUCUAUGAUAAAAAAUCCAACACCGUAGCCCAAAAAAAUGGGUGUCUAACGACACUGAAUUCAAUUACGAAUAACAUUCACGCAAAUGAUGAAAACAUACGAAUAACUAGCGAAAAAAUAAAACAGAUUAAAGAGAAGAAAGAACAUCUGGAGGAUUAUAAAGAGAAGCUAAAGGUGCAGAUACUGCAACUGCGAAAUAAUAAUGUGAACCCAGAUGAGUCGCCUAAAGGAUCCGUAGAUAUCAACACCUUGAAUGAGCAAGUCAAAAAACUCAAGGAGGAACUCAAUAAAGUUACCAAUGAGUACGACGAUUUUAAGAACAAGUUGGAGCUUCUGUAUCAGAAGAGGAGCGAGAAUGACUCCAACAUCUACAUGGAAGAGUACGAAGACGUCGAUAUAGACGAGUACACAAAAGAGCUGAGGGAAAAGAAGAACAACAUCGAAAAGAUUGAAAAGGAAAAGAUGCUCUACGAACAGAAGAUAAAACAGAUUAACAAAGACAUGGAAAGCGUAAAAUCGAGCUUAGACAAAAUCUACAUAAACGAAAAGAAACACAAAAAGAAAAUUUUGGACCUGUGUCAUCAGAUGAAUCAGAUAAAUGAGGAGCUUCGCAUUUUGGAAGGAAAGGAAGAAAACAUACGAAAAAAAAAAAUAAUUUUGCCUCAAGGGAUAAAAGACCCAAAUGAAUAUAAAAAUUACGAUAAGCAAGAGUUGUCUGCGAAGCUUAAAUCCAUAACACUGGAACUAAAAAAAUAUUCCAAUGUAAAUGAAAAGGCUGGAGACAGACUGAAUAUACUAAUGAGCGAUUUUAAUGAGCUGAAGAAAAGGAACGAGGAGAUAAGCACGUCAUAUAAAAACAUUAAGGACAUGAUACAGCAUAUUGGAAAGAAGAAGGACGAAGCGUUAGAGGCUACGUACUUAAAAAUCAGUAAAUAUUUCUCCGAGUAUUUCUCAUUGCUUUUUAAGAAUCGGAAGGCUACCUUGGUGCUUAAAAAAAUGAGCGAACAGGAGUACAAGGACAUCUUGAGGGACGGCAAUGAAAAAAGGGCGCGGAAAAAGAUGAUUGACGACGAAGCCUACGUUGACAAAAUCACGGGCAUUUCCAUCAACAUCACUUCGAAGGAGGAUGAGAAAAUGAGUUACACAAUUCAGGAGUUGUCUGGAGGAGAGCGCAGCAUUGUAGCCAUUUGCUUAUUUCUGUGCCUGAACAAAAUCGAUAACUUUUCCUUUUUCUUUUUCGACGAAAUUGACGCGGCCCUGGACACAAUCCAUCGGGACAAUCUCUCACUCCUCUUGCGGGAGCUAGCUCAAAGAGGAACCCAGUUCAUAAUCACGACAUUCAGGAAGGAACUCCUGGAGUACUGCGAAAAUAUGUACAUCGUCAGGAUAGUGGACCGCGAAAGUUACAUUGCCAGGGGGUCGAAGAAGGAAGCCUACGAAAUAAUUAGCAUCGAGGAAAAGAACGCUAUAGAAAAUUAA